AGGGCAGAGUGGUCCGUGUAUAAAAACCGGCAGUUUGUCAGGGCCCGACCAAUACAAAGCCGACAGUCGACACGUGCGCACUUACCACAAGAAAUUUGCAUUUUCAAAAUUUUAAAUUUUGUGUCAGUGCCUUCUAUCGUUACAGGACCUGAAUUUCCAAGAUGAAGGUCUUGAUAUUAUGUUUGGCGUUUGCGGCCGUGAGUAUGGCGAUGCCUGUGGCUGAGGAAAAUCCAAAAGCACCUGCGGUAGUCGCUGACCCUAAACUUGAAGAAUCACAAGUGAAAGCUGUAGCACCCGCAAUUGAAGAAGCGAAAAAAAGCGGCGAAGUUGAGAAAAAAGAUGAACAAAAGGAGGCUCAACCAAAGAGCGUAUCAGAAGAAUCUCAGAAAGAAGAACCUAAAGCAGAGGCGGCACCAGCAAAACCAGCCGAAAAAGCACCUGAAGGAAAAGCACCUGAAGGAAAAUCAGCUGAAGCUGAUGUCAAGCCUGAAGCUGAUAAACCUAAGCCUCAGGAGAAACGUGAAGAACCAGAACCGAAAUUAUCUGAAGAGACACCUGCCAUAGUACAAGAAGUAAAAAAAGACGCUGAACCCAAACCCGAAACAAUUGAUGUUGUUAGUGCUGCAAAAUCAGACGCCGCCAUUGCUGAACCAUCGAGUUCUCCUGAUGACGUCUUGGACCCAGCUUCAAUCAUCCCUACACCAGAAAAGAAAAUAGACUUGGCUCCCAAAAGUGCCGAACCUAUUGCUAUUUCUAGUGAAAAGAAAGUAGAGAGCUCAGCCCCCAAACAGGCCGAAAGCGAAGAGAAAGUAAAGGGAAAAUCUGAGAAACCAGAGGAAAAAUCUGUUGAACCUGUACCCGAAGUGCCUAUACAACCAAAGUCAGCCAAUGUGCCAUUAACGGAUGAUGAUAGUCUGCGAGUUAUUCGUGAUACCGUCGACGAGAAACCCAAAGAAGAGGAGCCUAAAAAAGAAGCUGAAAAGAAGGAAAAGUCAGAUGCACCCAAAGAAGCUGAAAAAUCAGAUGUGCCCAAGGAAGCCGAAAAUACCGAUGCUCCCAAAGAAGCCGCAAAGUCAGAUGCUCCCAAAGAAGCCCUACAGUCAGAUGCUUCCAAAGAAGCCCUAAAGUCAGAUGCUUCUAAAGAAGCUGAAAAGCCAGAAGCCAAAUCAGAAGAAUCAGCAAAAGACGCUAAAGCAAGUGAUUCAACCCCCAGUGAUAUACCCGAAGAGAAAUCUAGUGAGGUAGCAGCUAAAGCGGUAGAGCCCGUGAAAGAUGCUCCUGCCAAAGUAGACUCCGCCGCGGAACAGGCGGACGAGCCUAAAGCAGACGCAAAAUCUGAGGAAAAAGAGAAGCCUAAAGAAUCCAAAGAGAGUUCAGAGGAGAGCAGUGACGAAAGCAACUCUUCGGAGAGUUCAGAAACCACAGACAAGAAAGACAGCGAGCCUGCUGCCAAGUCUUAGAUAAGUUAGUGUGGGGCGCGGAGCGGCGGGCCUGUGUCGACGACCCUCGACACGCGCCCCCCGCGCGCUUCGCCCGCGCCCUCUAGUGUAUGUGCGCAUGCUCCGUGAGAGUGAGUGAGGGAGCCGUGGCUCGCCCGCGUGUAAUACCUAGAGACUUAACAAAUAGCCGAAUCGAAAUUACCUGCGUUGUAAUUAAUGUCUCAAAGUAAAUUAUCGAAUUUCCGUUAGGUAAUAAUAAGUAAUAAAUAUGUUUUUUUAUAA